AUGCGUCUCCCAUUGUGGGCGGCCACCUUGUGGAUCUCUGCCCUGUUCGCACUGACGGAGGCAGUCUUUGUUCGGUCUUCCUCCGGCUGUGCGCCCAACGAGUACUGGUGUCAAGACCGGUGUGGCUCUGCUGACUACGGCGACACUUGUUGUCAAACCCCUGACGGCCAACACAAUCUCUGCGGAGCUGUAUGCAAUGCCGUGGGUGGCUGCGACUCCGUGCCUGGACUCCAAGUCAGCGCGCCAGACAAGACUUAUGGCAGCCCGCCGGGAACCCAGAAGACGGCUUCUACGUCGGAGCCAUACACAGAGAGCGGUUCACUCUCCACUGUUACAUCGCAAGUCUUCGUCACCCAAGUACGCACGAGGACCAUCAUUGUCACUUUGACCUCGUCCAGGUCGUGCACCUCUGAGGGCAACCAUUCUUCAUCAGGGAACCCCUCCACGGAGCCUGCCUCGGGUGAGCCGACAACUUUCUCAAGCAGGUUGUUGAGUACGGAGCCAUCUUCGUGUCCUCAAGGGUUCUCCACGGAGUUUCCACAAUGCGCGUUCCCAGGCACGUCGGAAGCGACAUCCGCCGGAUCUACCACUGGCGACUUUACCGGCAUACCUACUGGUUGGCCUACCAGCAGCCCGCCUAGCAACCCAACCACUAGUGCCAGCACUUGGACAGAUUCGCUUGGAGAGACCAUUGUCUCUAGUGGCUCUGAAAUCGUCAUUGGCGGCACGGAAACGAUCCCUGUCCCGACGGGGCACAGCACUCUGACGACUGAUGGUCACACGUUCACCUUUGGGAGCGGCUCCGGGAAUCAACCCAGAGGCGUAGCACCCGCUACGACAUAG